AUGCCAACAUGGCAUCACCUUGGCCGGCCCGGCAGGAGAUGGUUCUGCGACCUUGCGCAACGCGUGGCGGAAUAUGCGGCCAUGAAACCCACACCUGUGAGUAUUCGAAGUUGGCUGGGCGAAUUUGCGGAACCCGUUCAGCUGGCAGAAUUUCUGUGCAAAGAGAUGCCCGUUCGCUACGCUGAACGCAUUCGCAACAUUGAACAGCUUCCAAUGCCCUGGCAGAACUUUGAGGAGCUGGUGGCGGUUCAUCACCUUCAGCUGGCCGCCUUCCAGGCCUUCCAAGAGCAACCGAGGAGCCAGUGGGAGAGGGUGGAGGCCUUUAGGCCCGUGGUACAGGAAGUGCAGCAGAAUGACAAGAAAACUAAGUUUCUGUUGAUGCAAGCGGCGCAAAAGAUGCGUGGCAACAGCACCAGUUUUACGGAUCCCUUUUCCCUUGAGCUGAACAAAUUCUUGGACGACUUUCUCCUCAGCCGAUUGGGGUGUAACAUGCUGAUGGGUCAAUAUUUGGCCUGCACCAACCAUGAUUCGCACAUUACUUCCAUCGUGAAUCAGUGCGAUGCCUUGGACAUUUGUAGAAAGGCUGCGGAGGAAGUGCAACGUCGCUGUGCGACCUCGCAGGGCCGUGUGCCCACAGUGCACGUGAGUGCCUAUAGCUCCAGUGGAGCGGUGAAUGAAGAUCAGGUGCCACGCUUCUCGUACAUCCCAGGCAUUUUGAUGCACGUGGUUCGAGAGCUGUUGAAGAACAGCUGCCAAGCCAGCUUGGAACUGGCGAAGACGCAGGCGGAACUGCAGCAGAUGCCCAUUAACCUGGUGGUCUGUGCGGACGUGCGUCACGUGGUGAUCCGCAUUAGCGACCUGGCGCAUGGAAUCCCGCGGCACGUGGGCAGCCGCAUUUGGUCGUAUCUCUACAGCGGCAGCCCCACAGCCAUGACGGGUCUGAGCUUCGGUUACGGCAUCGGCUUGCCUCUGAGCCGCCUCCAUGCGAAGUACCUCGGGGGCGCACUGGAUUUGGUGUCGCUACCGGGCUACGGUGUAGAUGCCUACCUGAGCCUUCCGCGCGUCGAGACGGAUCUGGUGGAGAACAUCCCAGACGAAGACGUCGACGGCGGCCGGGUGUCGCAGGAGCUCAACCUGCUGACGUUGUGAGGAUUUCCAAUUUCCUGAUGGAAUAACCGUUGCAGAACCACCCAUCCCUGGUAGAACUUGUCCAUGGUGGGCAGCUGGGCCUGCAGAAAA